AUGGGAGACCCAGUACUGUCCAGUAUUGCAACAAAUAUUUUGGAGACGAUAACGGAACUUGAAUCCAAAAAACCAUGUUUUUUGAGGAAUCUUCGAAGAGAAAUAAAGAAGCUUCAAGGAAUGGUGUCCAUGGUCAAAGUCGCACUCUUGUAUGCCGAGACACAGCUACCACAGAAUAGACUGGAAGACUCUGCCAUGAUGUUGAUUGCUGCUGAGGAUAUGUUGCAUAAAUUGGCAAGUGACAGGCCCCAGGUAUGCAAUUUCAUUUUGAGCUUCAUAUUUUAUCGUAAGAUCAUGUGGAUUAGAAAAAGGUUAGAUGGAAUGGCAGCUACUAUUAUGCGUGACCGUGAUCAGGAUUUACCUGACAUUAAGUGUGUUUAUCCGAGGGACUGGGUAGUAAGUGACACCUUCGUUGAUACUUGCGAAGUUUUCGGGAGAGACGCUGAUAAGGAAAAGGUUAUAAAUUCUUUGCUGAAAACAAACCCUUAUGAGUUAACUGUAACUGUAACUACUAUAGUUGGGAAGGGAGGUAUAGGAAAAACCACCCUAGCCAAACUGGUGUAUAAUGACAAAAGGAUGGAUGAUCACUUUGAUCUCAAAAUGUGGAUAUGUGUACCUGUGGACUUUGAUAUAUUUUUCUUGAUGCGACGAACUUAUUGUUUUGCAACCAAUCAAAAUCCUGAUAAAUUAAUAUUGGUGAGAGACUUGGAAUCCCUCUUGACAGAAGCAUUGUCUAGGAAGAAAUUUUUGCUUGUUUUGGACAACGUGGUGAAUGAAAAUGAUGAUAAUUUGAAUUACUUCGUGAAACUACUGCAGAGGUCAGCCGAUGAAUGUAAACUUUUGGUUAUUACCCAUAAUAACCAAAUUGCAAGCGAUAUAGGCACCAUUGACAGUCAUGUUUUAGAAGGUCUUUCCCAUAAGGAUAGUAUGUCGUUGUUUGUGAAAUAUGCAUUUGGAUAUCAAGCAAACAAUGAACAUCAAGACCUCAUUGAAAUUGUGGAGAAAUGUGAUGGGAUUCCUUUAGUAGUGAAAAUUUUAGGAGUCCUAUAUCAAUGCUCAGAUCCGGGUAAUUGGUUGCCAAUUAAAGAUAAUUACUUCUGGAGGGAAAUCCAAGAGAACAAUAACAUCCUACCCAUGUUGAAAUUAUGCUAUGAGAGUUUGCCAUCUCAUUUGCAAAUUUGCUUGAAGCAUUGUUCCUUAUUUCCAAAGGGUUUUUGUUUUAACAGUCAUUAUCUGAUCCAUUAUUGGAUGGCGCAAGAUUUUCUUCAUUCUGGUGACAAUAACGAAGAGUUGGAAGAUAUCGGGGAGAGAUAUUUGAAGGAAUUAUUUCUUAAGAAUUUCUUUCAAGAUGUGGUAAAUCAUGGUUAUUAUAGUACAUUUAAAUUGCAUGAUCUUAUGUAUGAUCUUGUGCUAAAAGAGGCAGAAAAUGAUUGCAAAAGGGUGGAUCUCAGAGUGAUUUAUCCUAAAAUACGGGCUCAAUAUUUGUCAUUUCAUGGUAUUGAAGACGGUGAUACAGAAUUUUCAUAUAUUGAACCGUCCUUGUUGGCAAUCAUCAUGAAAAGUUCUCCAUUUCAGCCUGUUACUCAAUCCUUCGUUAAUAGAUGGACAUCGAAGUUUAAGCAGAUCCGCCUGUUAUGCUUAAGUGGUUUACAAUUUGAAGUGCUACCGGAUUCUGUCGGUUCAUUGGAACAAUUGAGAUAUCUUGACUUAUCUUGGAAUUUAAAUAUGAUGGAACUCUCGGAGGCAAUUUGUAAACUUAAGAGUUUGCAAACCUUAAUACUUCUUGGUUGUUCAAGACUUAAGAAGUUUCCUGAAAAUAUGCGAAAACUGAUCAACCUCAGAUAUUUGGAAAUAACCACAAAAGUGAGGCAUCAACUGGAAAAUGAACUUGAAUAUUUGCACUCUCUCCAAUUUCUGCACUUGUAUAGCUGUCACCAUCUUCUAGAUUUGUCAGGAAAGAUGCAAGGUCUCAUCAACCUCCGAACAUUCAUUUUGCAAGGUUGUGAUAACAUGUUUUUUUUGCCAGACGAUAUAACAUAUCUAGAGAGAUUGGAGAAGCUUGUGAUCCACAGUUGUUCAAACCUUAAUUUGACGAUGGACUUGCAAGAAGAAGACCGCCGCCUGAACCUUAAAGUAUUCAUGAUUUAUGAACUACACCAAACAAUAGAUUUACCCCAAUUGAUUCUUCAAAAGUCUGCCAACACUUUAGAGUACAUGCGGAUUGAUUCAUGUUCCAGUCUCACAACACUGCCACCAUGGCUUACAGAUCUCACAUCACUUCAAAAACUUGAGAUUGUAAGUUGCUCAGAAUUGUCAUCUCUGCCAUGCGGGAUGGAGAAACUCACUGCCCUUAAAGAAUUGAAGAUACAAAAAUCUCCUACCCUGAGUGAAAGCUGCAGAAGGAAUUGGUCAAACAUUGAUCAUGUCCAGAACAUUCAUCUUGACCCUGAAAUUGCUUCAUCAUCGAGAUCAAUGUCCAACUCCAUGUGCAUUGUUUCUGCUACAUGGAUCAGUGAAGUGUGA